GCCCAUCAAAAAUAUUACGGGUACCGAUGCCACUUUAAAAUUAUAAAUUAAUUUUCGAGAGUUGUUUGAGAGACUUUUCCCUCCCAUUUUCGGCGAGUGGAAUUUCAGUCGCGGCCGCCAUGAGGUCCGUACCAACAGGCGCCAAGGUUCCCACAAAAUUUAGAUUGCCAACAUCAGAGAAUCUAAUUCCUAUACGAAUUGACAUUGAAAUCGAUGGACAGCGUUAUAAAGAUGCUUUUACUUGGAAUCCUUCUGAUCCGGACCCAGAAGUGCUGGUCUUUGCAAAGCGGACAGCAAGGGAAAUGAAGCUCCCUCCAACAUUCAUAACACAAAUUGCACAAUCAAUGCAAUCACAGAUAACAGAAUUUCGGUCCUAUGAAGGACAAGAGAUGAAUACAGUUGAGAAGCUGUUGCCCAUCAAGCUGGACCUUCGUGUAAAUAAAACAAUCAUAAGAGAUCAAUUUCUAUGGGAUGUAAGCAAUUUUGAGAGUGAUCCUGAGGAGUUUGCUAGGAACCUCUGCAGGGACUUGGACAUUGAAGAUCCUGAAGUUGGACCUGCCAUUGCAGUAGCCAUCAGGGAGCAACUUUAUGAGAUUGCAGUCCAAAAUGUAGCUUCUGCAAGGGAAACCCGUAUUAGCAAGAAGGGUCGGCGUGAACGGGGUACAGAACAUGCACUGGCUAGUAAAAUGGGUGGUACUGCUCUGGAUUUAAUGAAGCUACUUGGGAGCAAAACAAGUGUUGUCAGGAGAAGGAGGGAGUGGGAUUUGUAUGAGCCUGUCGUUGAUAUUCUGUCAAAUGAGGAAGUUGAAGCCCUUGAAGUCAGAGAAGAACGAAAUGCUCGCAUGAAGAAAAUGCUUGAUGAGAAAGAUGAUGGUUACAUGAUACGCUACACCCGUAUGUAGGCGAAGUGCCCAAUUAUAACGUAAUCUGUGCCCAAUUAUAACGUAAUCCUAGGCUUUGAAACAAGUUCUGGUGGAGAAGCCUGAGGCCUAGCUUUUCUACAUCAUGUGACAUAAAUUGGCCGUGGACUCAUUCGCUGGUCAGCUGUAAAUGGUUAGCUCCGUAACACUUGCAAAACCUCAAGCUUUGUAGAAUCGCUCGAGAAAAGCAUACUGAAGGUGGUUUAAUUUAUGAAUUGCUCUAGUGCAGAGCUCAUCUAGGGCAUGCCUGAAUAUCAUGUACGGUUAAGGACUCUCCAUAGAAACGUCUAUCUUCAUCUGCCAUUUAUUGAAGAAGAAUUGUUGGAUGCCACAUCACACAGCUGUUAUGUAAAACGCUACAUGUAUGUUUCUAUUGUGGCUUUGAGCACUACAGCUCAUGCAUCUAAGGAUUGCAUAAUGUUUGUGUCGAGAUGGAUUCCUUGUCAUGUCAUGCUGAAUAUGUAAAGAAAAGUAUGCAAUAAGAUCAUUAUAUUUGGUACA